CCCCUCUGCAUUUGGAUUAUUUUCCUUUCCUCCUACUUACUAAUUUACUAUUUACCUUUUGACAAUCUAAUUUUAUUGUGUUGUUCUGAUAUUUUUAUUAAAUUGUAAUUUUUUUUAAUUUGUAUUACAUACACAUUAUUUCUUAUAGAAUGUAGUUAAACUAUUAAGUUCAUUAUUUUGUCAGUGGUAUUUUGACUGUUAAUAUAUUUUUACUUUCUAUAGUUUCUUAAUUAGAUUAAAAAGUCUAAAUUAUAAAAAUGAGGCGCCGAGCGGGUGUAGGAGCAAUACAGAAACAGAAAUUAGAGCAGGAGAAGUACAGAGAGAAAGGUUCUGAGAUACAGGAGAAUCAGUUUCAACAAAUGUCGAAACAGCUUGAAGUGUUUCGGGAGAAUUUAGAGGAGUUUGCAUCGAAGCAUAAAAGUGAGAUCAAAAAGAAUGCGCAGUUCAGACGCCAGUUCCAGGAGAUGUGUGCUGCAAUCGGCGUAGAUCCAUUAGCGUCGGGGAAAGGAUUUUGGUCUGUGCUUGGAAUUGGUGAUUUCUAUUAUGAAUUGGGAGUUCAGAUUGUAGAAGUAUGUUUAGCAACAAAUUACAAGAAUGGUGGUCUUAUAACAUUGGAAGAACUACGUACAAGGCUUAUUGCAGCUCGAGGAAAGGCAAGAAAACAUCAAGACAUCACAAAUGAGGAUCUAUUAGCAGCUGUGAAAAAACUUAGGAUAUUUGGCAAUGGGUUUACUGUAGUGUCAAUAGGCAAAGGUAAAUGGUUAGUGCAAUCUGUCCCUGGUGAACUCAAUCUAGACCAAACUCAAGUUCUUCAGAAGGCUAGUUCACUUGGCACUGCAUGGGUGUCGACCACAAUACUCAUCAGUGAUCUGGGAUGGAAUGAAACCAGAGCUCAAAAUGCAUUGAACCAUAUGGUCAAAGAAGGUCUAGCAUGGGUCGAUACACAGGAUUCAAAUGAGACUUUAUACUGGUUUCCAAGUAUGUUUGCUGAGUGUGUAUCGGCAAAUUAAUUAUAUAAAAAUGCAUAUAUAAUAAUGAAAUAAAUUGUUAAUUGGCAUCAUA